GCUCAUCUGCGGAUGUUGGCGAAGGAACGGCCAGUCUGCUGGGUGCUAGAAAGUUGACUACCAAUUGCUCAGCCGCCGCUCCUGCUUUUGCUGUGGGAAAACCGGAAUCUUCGUGUGACGACCUGAGCGCGCUUAGCAUCUUUGAUGGGUUGGCGGCCUGCGCGAAGUACCGUUCUGCGAGUUGCAACGUUGCCUCUGACGAAACGCCUGUGCGCGGCCCAAUCGACCUUCUGCUGACUGUGCGGCUGGUUGGACUCGAAAGGGCGAUGGGGCGACUGGCUGCCCCUCCAAACCCGCACAUCGAACGUGAUCCACGCGCGGCCACUGUACGGCGUAAAACGGCUAGCCCUCCUGCCCAAAUGAAGAGAGCGCAGCAGCCUGGCGUCUGA